UGGAAAACCAUUCCAUGAAGCUCUCUACACAAUCUGAAGGCUACAUGAUCCCGUCACAAUGAAGUUUAGAGUUCUUUAGCUAUGAUUCUGCAGACAGUUGGUGACUUCUAUGAACUAUGCACUUCAGCAUGGGCUGACCCCACUCUGUCAUUUUUAGUGGUGCACCACUUUGUGGCUAAGUUGCUGUGGUUCCCAGUUGCUUCCACUUUGUUAUAAUACCACUAACAGUUCACUGUGGAAUAUUUAGUAGCAAGGAAAUUUCACGGAUGGACUUAUUGCACAGAUGACAACCUAUCACGGU